AUGGCCUAUGAAUUAUGGCCAAAACCUAUCGCUAAUGAGAUCCGAAGGUUACAAGGAAUGGAAGACUUAGCUUCAUGGGAACUAUUUCCGUCAUCCUUACAGGAGAUGGUAGCCUGGGCGGAUGUCUACAAAGAUGAAGAAAAGCGAGAUAAGUCAAGAAAUAAUAUCCUCAUCUACAAGAACAUCCCUGAAGAAGACAAGUCUUUGAUAUUUCCUGUUGCGAUUCGUAUGCAUGGCAUUCUCGAACAAUUUCGCAUUGAGCGUUUUGGAAACUGGACUGGCAAGUCUGAAGAUGUCCUACAAGCAGUACAGUACAUCAACCUUUCCUCCGGAGGCCACGAGGCACCUUGGAAUGCGACCAUCUCGUCACUCAAUCUUGCUUGCGACUAUGUAAGCAGGAAAUUGAGUAUACCAAUGCAAGAGAUGCCCAAAACUCGGCAAAUCUACUUGCAGCGGCGUGUAUUUUACAAGAGGGAAACCGCCAGGGAAUCAAAAGAAUCUCUUUUAACACAGGACGAGGAUCCUGAAGGUAAAUUUUACCACAUUCAAGAGUGGUGGAGUGUCGCACGUCCAUUACGAGUAGCGGAAUUGACCGCAGACGGCAAGAAAAUGGCCAUGAACUCGAUUAUGUUAACAGAAGGAGAUUUUGUGGAAGUGGGCGCUGAACUCGACUUUGUGGUCAACAAAAAUAGGAAUACUCAGAUAACGGUAAAGUGUUUUCUGACGUGCACAUAUAUUGUGCGCUUGAUGCCCGCAAUACAUGUCCAAAAUGCGCAGUUGGACAUCAAGAGGGCCACAUGGAAACGCGACUUAGGAGACACAGAGACGGACAUCAAUAGGGGGAUCAACUCUUCAUCAGUAACCACUUUAUCCACUAUGGUGAAAACUAAGAACGACGCUGUACCAGACAAACAAAAUACGACAGAGACACGGCCUAACAAGAAAGUAAGAAUAGAUGAUGCAGAAAUUUCAGGAGAAGAUGCAGAGAAUGUACAGACAGGAGAUGAUGCCACUGCAGGAACAAUGCGUACAUCUGAUCCCAAAUCAAAAUCAGUUGGUUCAAGCAAGGAACCGAUGACUGACCUAGGACAGACUGUGGCGGGACAUGAGACCGCCAACACUGAUGCAUUGCCUACAACAUCCAAGCAUGGAGGAGGAGCUUGCCAACCGACGCUGACCGUCAAAACAGUGAUUCCUCACCCUACCAAACAGUUAAUUGAGAAUAGCGAAGUAGAGGAAUAUGACGACACAUUGAAAUUACGGCUGCAGAAACUCUCUGAAUAUACAAACUCAAAUGCGAAUAUAUACGCUCUCGGCAAACUCCUCCCAACCGCAACCUGGGGACCGUACAGAGCAGUCAACAAUCGCAGUAAAGUAUUAUGUGAUCCUGCAACAGGAGAUCCUCUUACCAUCUGGGCAGUGGGAUGCAUCGCUAAGAUGUGGUUCAUGAGGCAAGGGAAGCCGGAAAGCCAAGCUUCUAUCACUAUUCUGCCCCUAUCACAGACUUUGGCGAAACAGAGCGGGCAAUUACUGACCAAAUUCUCCAACCCUGUCUUGAAUUUGAAUCAGCAGAAAAUUGACAUUAUCCGUGCUAUGAAAUGGCAGAACGCUAAAGGAGGAGACAGCAUGUCCGAACCUAUUCUUUUCGAUUCUGUGUAUGACGCCAGAGAGGAAGGCUCGUUAAAGACCUAUAGUGACAGACCUGUAUGGAGCCUCACCGAUUUGAAAGCAGGUGAUCUCAUUCUGUUAGAGAUGAAGAUGACUCAUUACUCCAGGAGGGGUGAGGAUAACAAAUGGCAGUCACGGGCACAGUAUGAGAUGAUCGCCAUCUCACUCUUACACAUGGCAGAGAUGCCAGACGACGAUGAAGAAAAGAUGCAUCACAUAGAUGGAUUGGCGAUCUGA